AUGUCUUCUGGUUCCCACGCAGCCAUCAUACAGGAAUCUAUAAAACAUGGACACACAUCAGCUGGUGCUGGUGUCGCGGACGGACACGGAGCUCCCAGCCCGGCCCGCAGCCGCCUUGUCAUGCUACCCAAAGUGGAAACGGAGGCCCUGGGACUCGCCCGGUCGAAUGGGGAACAGGGGCAGAUGCCGGAAAACAUGCAAGUGUCUCAGUUUAAAAUGGUGAAUUACUCUUAUGAUGAAGACCUUGAAGAGCUGUGUCCAGUCUGUGGAGACAAAGUGUCUGGGUACCAUUAUGGACUUCUCACCUGUGAAAGCUGCAAGGGGUUCUUUAAACGAACAGUCCAGAAUAACAAAAGGUACACAUGUAUAGAAAAUCAGAAUUGCCAGAUUGACAAAACACAGCGAAAACGAUGUCCUUACUGUCGAUUUCAAAAAUGUCUAAGUGUUGGAAUGAAAUUGGAAGCUGUGCGAGCUGACCGAAUGCGUGGCGGUCGAAACAAGUUUGGACCAAUGUACAAGAGAGACAGGGCAUUGAAGCAGCAGAAGAAAGCUCUUAUCCGAGCAAAUGGACUGAAACUGGAAGCCAUGACUCAGGUGAUCCAAGCAAUGCCAACCGACCUGACAAUAUCUUCUGCAAUCCAGAACAUCCAUUCAGCUUCUAAAGGCCUACCUCUGAACCAUACUGCCUUGCCUCCUACAGACUAUGACAGGAGUCCCUUUGUGACCUCUCCCAUCAGCAUGACAAUGCCACCCCAUGGCAGUUUGCAAGGCUACCAAACCUAUGGCCACUUUCCAAGCCGUGCUAUCAAGUCCGAGUACCCUGACCCUUACACUAGCUCACCAGAGUCAAUAAUGGGCUACUCAUACAUGGAUACUUAUCAAACAAGCUCACCAGCAAGUAUCCCACAUCUGAUAUUGGAACUCCUGAAAUGUGAGCCUGAUGAGCCGCAAGUCCAAGCUAAAAUCAUGGCAUAUCUGCAGCAAGAGCAAGCCAACAGAAGCAAACAUGAGAAGCUCAACACAUUUGGGCUUAUGUGUAAAAUGGCUGACCAAACCCUCUUCUCCAUUGUUGAGUGGGCUAGGAGUAGCAUCUUCUUUAGAGAACUUAAGGUUGAUGACCAAAUGAAGUUGCUUCAGAACUGCUGGAGUGAACUCUUAAUUCUAGAUCACAUUUACCGGCAAGUGGUACAUGGGAAAGAAGGCUCCAUCCUUCUGGUUACUGGACAACAAGUUGAUUAUUCCAUAAUAGCAUCCCAAGCUGGAGCCACCCUCAACAAUCUUAUGAGCCAUGCACAAGAACUGGUAGCAAAGCUUCGUUCGCUGCAGUUUGACCUACGAGAAUUUGUCUGUCUCAAAUUCCUGGUGCUGUUUAGUUUAGAUGUCAAAAAUCUCGAGAACUUCCAGCUUGUAGAAGGUGUUCAGGAACAAGUGAAUGCUGCUCUGCUGGACUACACAAUGUGUAAUUACCCACAGCAAACAGACAAAUUUGGGCAGCUUCUCCUGAGACUACCAGAAAUCCGGGCCAUCAGUAUGCAGGCCGAAGAAUACCUCUAUUACAAACACCUGAACGGGGAUGUGCCAUGUAAUAACCUUCUCAUUGAGAUGCUGCAUGCAAAGAGAGCAUAA